AAAAAGGUAAAUCCAGUGCAUUUUAAGGAGUAUAGACCCAUUAGCUUGAUUGGUUGUUUAUACAAAUUACUGGCAAAAAUACUGGUGAAUCGAUUAAAAAUGGUGAUGGCAGAUAUUAUUAGUGAUUCACAGUCAGCUUUUGUUGGUGGUCGGCAACUAGUAGAUAGUGUGCUGAUCUUGAAUGAGGUUGUAGAUGAGGUGAAACAGAGAAAACAAGAGAGUUUUAUCUUUAAGGCUGAUUUUGAGAAAGCUUAUGAUUGUGUGGAUUGGAAUUUUCUUGAUUGGAUGAUGGAACAAAUGGGGUUUGGAAUGAGGUGGAGAAAGUGGAUUCAUGAAUGUCUUUCGACAACUCGAAUGUCUAUUUUAAUAAAUGGAAGUCUGACAAAGGAGUUCUCGGUAGGCAAGGGUCUUCGUCAAGGUGAUCCAUUGUCCCCAUUUUUGUUUUUGUUAGUGGGUGAAGGGUUGUGUGGUAUGGUUAGAAAAGCAGAGGCAGAAGGGCUUUUCAAGGGAGUCAAGAUUGGAGAGGGUGGUAUGGUCUUGUCUUUAUUACAGUUUGCGGAUGAUACUGUUUUUAUGGGAAAAGCAGAGAUAGGAACGAUGCCUUUUAUUUACCUUAGUUUGCUGGUUGGAGGAAUUUCGGGGAGGAAAAAGUUUUGGGUUUCUGUGCUGGACCGUUUUUGGAAUAAGCUUGCCGCCUGGAAACGUACACUGCUGUCCUUUGGAGUUAAGAUUCAGAGGGAUUUCUUUUGGGGUGGAGCAACUUUGGAGAGGAAAAUUGCAUGGAAGGACAUUGUGGGUGUUGGUAGUGGGUCGGAGAGGUUGGGUUUAAUGUUAGGAAAAGGCUUUAAAUGGGAGAUUGGGGAUGGAAGUCGAGUGGCUUUUUGGGAUGAUAAGGCUCAUGGGUAUGGGAUUGUAGAUGGCGACGAAGCUGUUCCGGGAGGAUUGGUGAGGAGGAAGAAAAGUUUAGGGAGAUUAUUAAUAAGAUUAAGGUUGGCAACUAAGGAUAACCUAUUUAAGAGAGGGAUUGCACUGUUGGGAGGGGAUGUGAGCUGUGGAUUAUGUGGGGAGGGAGUUGAACAGGGUGUUUUGUCGAAAGAUAUUUUUGGUUUGGCAAAGUUCGUGACGCAUGGUGUUUGGAACAAAGUUGAUGUCUGAGGUGUUAGUUUUGGAGUAUAUACAACAUAAAUCAUUUUUAUAGCUUAAAAAUAAAGAGAAAGGGAGUGUUUUUUCCUAUCAAGAGUGGGUCUCAAGUCCGAUGGGGUGCAGGGAUGCCAUUAUUCAACAUCGUUAUAAUCGGAAAUUGUAUCACAUGCUGCAACGAGAUGUGGGAUGAUUUUACUUUACUUAAUUGUUGCUGAUUCAUGUGCUAAAUCGUCAACUCCAAGAUGCUGGUUUUGGGCUUCAAAUGUGAUUUCAUGUGAUUUCAUUUGAACAUUUUAUUUGAUAGUUGUAAUUCCAUUUUGGGGUAUUUCUUAUAUUCCUGAUUAAUAUAUAUUAUUUGUUUCGCUGAUAAAAAAAAAAAAACAUUAUUCUUUUGUAAUAUAUGAAUCAUGAACAAUGUAUGUGGUAUUUUCAACUCUUAUUAAUGAAAAUGAGAUAUGUAA